AUGCCGCCUGCGAACCGCAAACCGGUUGUCGCUGGCGAUGCCGAGUCAAUGAAGGCAGUGACCUACACCUGCUAUGGCGGGGCUGAUGUAUUGCAGUACGGGGAUGUUGGGAAAACCGACCACCUGCAGGACGAUGAGGUGUUGGUAAAAAGUCCUGAUGGCUGGGGUCAAUCCGCUGGAUUGGCACUACAUGCGCGGCUCGCCCUACCUGAUGCGUUUCGAGUCCGGCGUGGGUGCGCCCCGCGGAUACCAGCAUGGGGGUCGAUUUUUGCCGGCACGGUUGAGGCUAUCGGAAGCAAGGUUACGCGCUUCAAAACGGGGGAGAUAAUGUUUUCGGUGGCGCAGGCGGCUCGUUCGCCGAGUAUUUUGACGGUCAAGGAACAUAGCGGAAUCGCCCACAAACCGGCCAACGUAACAUUCGAACAGGCCGCUGGCGUUGGUAUCGCUGGCCUCACUGCGCUGCAGGCACUGCGCGACGAUGGCCAACUUAAGGCAGGACAAAAGGUCCUAAUUAACGGCGCAUCGGGUGGUGUGGGCACGUUUGCGGUGCAGAUUGCCAAGGCUCUGGAGAUCGGCAUGAUGAUCGCCGUGUUCAAGCAAGACGAUAUCGUCACCCUGAGCGAAACUGAUGGAGACGGAGCAGGUCACACCGAUUAUCGAUCGCCCACUAUCCGUUGGAAGAAGUUGCCGAGGCAAUUCACUAUUCGGAAACCGGUCCGGGCGCGCGGCAAAAUCAUCAUCGAUAUGACGCCUUAA